UCAAAGUCUUUCUUUCUUUUUUUUAUGCCAAAAAAAAAAAAAACAUGGGGAAACUUAGAGAUGAUCAUUGUGAUAAAAGCAAAAAACCCAAGAAAAUUCCCGUCAAAGUCAAAUAUAUUUCGAGUCCAAUGAUGGUUAAAGCAAGCAAUGCUGAAGAGUUUCGUGCAAUUGUUCAAGAACUUACAGGCCAACAUUCUGAUAUGGGAGAGCCUGUCAAUGUUGUUACAACAAAUACUAAAGCAAAGUUGGAUGAUCGAAAUUGGUUGGAUGCAUAUCCAGAUGAUAUGUCUUCAAUGGAGUUGUUUGAUGAAGGGUUUGUUUGGAGAGGUGUUGCAGAGAAUUUGUUCGGAUUUCAAUCUCCUUCUGUUUUUGAUUGAUUAGGGGUGCAGUUUAGUUGAGCUAA